GUUUAAUAUUUGCUCAUCCAUCACAUUCAGACCUCUCGUACUAGUCUGCACUGCACUUACAAAAAUGUCUUCGGAUACCACCAUUAAUCAUGUAAUGAAUCCUGAUGAUACUACUGUUGAUGGAAUGGUGGAUUACGCUGGCAGGCCUGCCAUAAGAUGUCAAUCCGGCUACUGGCGAUCUGCAUCCUUCAUCAUAGCAGGGGUUGGAGCCGCGGAGAGGUUUGCAUAUUAUGGAAUAAGUUCUAAUCUCAUAACGUAUCUCACGGGCCCGCUGGGGCAGUCGACAGCCGCCGCGGCCGCCAGCAUAAAUAUAUGGGCUGGCACAGGUUUACUGCUCCCACUUUUGGGAGCUCUUGUGGCGGACUCCUUCCUCGGCCGAUACUGGACCAUUGUCUGUUCAUCCCUACUCUAUAUCUUGGCACUUGGACUGCUGACUACCUCGGCAUUUCUUAAUUGCCAAGGAGGAGGAGGAUGUUCCAUAUUGAAUCCGCAGCAGCCCCCUAAUGAGCUGGAUAAUCAUGCUUUGUUCUUCUUCAUGUCUCUAUAUCUAAUGGCGCUCGCACAAGGGGCUCAUAAACCUUGCAUUCUGGCCUUCGGUGCAGAUCAAUUUGACGCCCAACAUCCCAAAGAGUUGAGAAGCAGGAGCUCGUUUUUCAAUUGGUGGUAUUUUAGUAUAUGUGCAGGUCCUCUGGCAGCUCUAUUGGUCUUAAACUACAUUCAGGAUAACAUCAGUUGGGGCAUCGGGUUUGGCAUCCCAUGCAUUUCUAUGGUUAUUGCACUAACAAUCUUCAUGCUGGGUACCAAGUCCUACCGAUAUAAUAGCAACACAGUAGAACAGAAAUGUGCCCUUUCCAGCCUCACUCAAUUCCUUAUAAAAGCAGCAAUGAAUUGGACAAGUAUGCCCAAUGAAGCACAAGUACAGGACAUAGUGCCUCAUGAUCUACCACCUUCUGAUCAGCAGCAAUUCGUCAAGUCUCUUAACAGAGCUUUGGUUUCGGCUGAGUAUGAGGAAGUUUGCAGCACACAGGAGGUGGAAGAGGCAAAGGCACUUGUGAAAUUGAUCCCAAUAUGGGCUACGUCUUUGGCAUUUGCCAUUGUCUUAGCUCAACCCUCAACUCUCUUUACCAAGCAAGGAAUUAAAAUGGACCGAUGGGUAGGAUCGAGUUUUGAAGUACCGGCUGCUUCAAUCCAAUACAUAAUUGGUCUCACAAUCAUACUUGUCAUCCCCAUUUACGAUCGUGUGUUUGUUCCAUUGGCCAGAGUUAUAACCGGAAAACCCUGUGGAAUAACGGAUGUUGAGAGGAUUGGAACGGGUAUGUUUAUAUGCAGUGUUUCAAUGGUGACGGCAGCUCUAGUGGAGAGACAGAGACUUAAAAAAACUGCUUCAGCAUACGGAUUGGGGAAGGGGAAGGAAGCGAUGAUGAGCUUCUGGUGGCUAAUCCCUCAGUGUAUACUGUAUGGGAUGGCAGAUGUAUUCGCAUUGAUCGGACUGCAAGAGCUGUUCUACGAUAAGGUUCCUUGCGGUUUAAAGAGUGUGGGGCUAUCAAUAUUUCUGAGCAUAUUAGGGAUGGGGAAUUUCUUGAGCAGUUUGCUUAUAUGCAUGAUUGAGAGAGUGAGUAGUGAAGGGGGUGGAGAAGGUGGUUGGUUCUCGGACAAUACGAAUGGAGCACAUUUGGAUUACUUCUACUGGUUGCUUGCUGGACUAAAUGCAAUAGGUUUUGUGGGUUUCUUGUAUUCAGCCAAACAAAAACUUUGAAUUCUAGGAGUAGGAGUGGAGGAGUGUGUCUAAAUCUAAUCAAUCAUGAUGACAACUGGAAUGUGGACACAUUAUUAGUAAAGUAAAGUAAAGCGGCUCCUUAAUUAUCGCCUCCUCAUUUAAGACAUACAUAUAUAUAUACCUACCUGUACCUAGUACCACUUUUGAUUAUAAUCUCAA